AUGCAGCUUCUUACUCUCAUCGCCACAGGAGCCACCUUCCUGGCCUCAUUGCGUACCGUGCAGGGUCACGCCUACGUCGUGGACCCCGAAGCAAAUUGGGGGCCCCCGGGCUUUGCAAGCAACGGGUACGGCAGCACCAUCAACAGCACGAGGUGGUCGGACCUCAACGGUGUCGCCACCCAUGACUAUUCGCAGACAGCCUUCUUUAAGCGUGUCUUUGAGUCCACGAAGGCGAAAAAUUUGGGCGCGUUCAUUGCCCGUUACCAAGAGCUUUACAGCAGCAAGAUAGACGUUGAAUGCGGAUUGACCUUUUUCAAAGAAUCGGACCGUUCUGAGCUGCCAGCGAAGGAGAUCACUUACACUGGCUUUACGCACCCGGGACCAUGCGAGAUGUGGUGCGACGACACCAAGUUGUUGUUCGACUACGACUGCCAGAAAACGUAUCCAGAUAUUCCGGCCAAAAUACCGUACGACAAGUCCAAGUGCGCGAACGCUAACCGUUUCACUAUUUUCUGGAUUGCGGUUCAAAGCAACCCAUUGCAGGUGUAUGUUCACUGCGUGUGGCUGGUAGGUGGCUCCGGUCGCGGUGAACCGCCGGCGGCUGUGGGUAAAGGCACGCUGACGACCACCACAGGCUCCAAUGCGCCUUCGCCAACCCCCACGACCAAUACGGCCCCUUCGACGACUGAGGUGACUCCGAAGGCAGAUAGUGACGGCUCCGGCGACAAGCCUUCGGCUUCUACUCCGGAUGCUCCUGCUACAGAGUCCACUACUCCGGAAACUUCCACUCCGGAAACUUCCACUCCGGAAACUUCUACUCCGGAAACUUUUACUUCGAAGGCUUCUACUCCAAAAGCUUCUUCUCCGGAGGCUUCUACUCCGGACGCUACUCCGGAGGCUUCUACUCCGGACGCUUCUACUCCGGACGCUAAUCAGGAUGCUCCUGCUACAGAGGCUCCUACCACAACCACGCAUGCGAAAUGCAGUCGACGUCGCCGCAACUAG